CUUAUCUCCCCCGAUGUCAGUUGAUGGGCGCGCUACCAACAUACCACCAGAGCUAUUUAAAACCGCUAUUAGCCUAGCCUGACUAUCACAGAAGCAUUGGAAUUGCGCAUUUCACGGGCCUAUACCAUUUGGAGUGGGCUAGGUAUGUCUAUUCAAGGAGUCCGUACAUGCGGCGAUUACAUGUUUAGUGGACAUACGGUAGCGCUGACACUGUUAAACUUUUUCAUUACUGAAUAUACACCGCGCAAUUUGUAUUUUUUGCACACGUUGACCUGGCUUUUGAAUAUGUUUGGCAUUUUUUUCAUACUCGCCGCACACGAGCACUACUCAAUAGAUGUAUUUGUCGCAUUUUACAUAACAUCGCGCCUCUUUCUGUAUUAUCACACGCUAGCCAAUAAUCAGGCUCUUAUGUCGCAUGAUUCAAACCGUACCCGCAUCUGGUUUCCAAUGUUUAGCUAUUUUGAGAGCUCUAUAGAUGGCAUCGUACCCAAUGAAUUUGACAGCAUCGGAGCUCUGAUUGAUGGUAUGCUCCAGUUGGUUUUAAAUGUCAAAGACACUUGUAUGCUAACAGCGCGUCGCAUUUGGAUUGAUACCCCACAUUUAUAUCUAAGCAGUGGAAACCGACCGUUUAAAUCGGAUUCAUCGGAGCCGCUUAAAGCGGUGAAUAAGCAGCUGACUGGCAGCGUUUGUAACAUUCAACCUGCGAAUUCAACACAAGCUUCCCCCGACGUAAGUAAAAAGGGAACAUUAAAGUCUUCAGAAUCGCCUUUAGAAAGUGCCACGACAAAGUCAUCGGCACCAAAUAACUGUACAAAAUUGGACAAAAAGCAGCUGUAGUAAAAAUGCACACAGUCUUAGGCACACAUUUGGCAUUUAUGAUAUUUUAACUAUACAUCCAGUAAUCGUAAAUAUAUAGAAAACCAAUAUUUUUAUUAUGUAAGAUAAUUUUAUAUUUAAGUGUUUCAAUCAUUACAUUCCCCCAUGUACAUAGUAUGUAUGUAUACAUAUUUAGCUAGUAAAAUAUCAAACAUACACGUGCAUAUAUGGAAUCCAUGCAGUACUCGUAAAUAAAUAUUCUAGUGAA